UCAGCCUAUAAUUCAAUAAAUUCAACCAAUUUAAAAUUACUUUGUCUGUGAUAAAUAGAAAUGAGAAAAGUAGUAUUCACGAUUUGGUCUAUUUACGAAUAGCUUUAAGUUUCAAAACAUCAUAACGACAAACCUAAACCACCUAACUAAACCAGUCAAUAAGAACCACGUACCUUAUGGGACGUACCGUACCAUGUAUGGCUGUCAGUCAUUGACUGACAAUACAACAAUAGUAUAUUUAUCAUUUAGUUAGAUUACUUUAGAUGCUUAUAUUGCCUUUUAUUUCUUUCCUUAUCGUUAUCGGAGUAAAUACCGCUAUCGUAGUGAUCCCUCAGUGGCGAAAACGGCGAGCAGCGGAUAGAACCAGUCUACCCAAGAUGUCUCUACGUCAAGCUUUACUCCUUUCUUCCUCAAAUUGCCAUGGCUAUGGGCUUUUGGAGUUUGCUAAAGAGGAAAUAUGUUCAUUUCUAAAAAAGCAUAAUGUUAAAGAUUUGAUUUUUAUACCAUAUGCUCAAAAUGAUUACAAUACCUACACCGCCAAAAUGAAAGCUGCUAUCGACCCGUGGGGUAUCAAUGUUACUAGCCUCCAUACCUACCCUGAUCCAGCAAAUGCUAUCAAUUCGUCACACGCAAUUUUUGUAGGGGGCGGAAACACCUUCCUACUUUUGACACGUUUGUAUGAAAAGGGACUUGUGAGUCUCAUAAGGAAGAGAGUACACGAAGGGCAUUUAUUGUAUAUAGGAAGUAGUGCUGGAACAAAUGUUGCUACAAAGAGUAUCCAUACAACAAAUGACAUGCCAAUAAUCUACCCUCCCUCUUUUGAGGCUAUUGGGAUUGUGCCGUUCAACAUCAACCCACAUUACAUUGAUGUGAUUGAGAGUGCCACACACAAAGGUGAGACUAGAGAGCAGAGGAUAAGAGAAUAUUUAGAGAUGUCUCAUGCAGCACCAGUCUUGGGUCUGAGAGAAGGAGCAAUAUUGAAAAUAGAUAAGGAUUGUCUAAUUCUGAAAGGGGUUGCUGGUGCUGUAUUGUUCCAAAAGAAUGAUAAGAAGACUGAAUAUGCUGCAGGUGAAGAUGUUUCAUUUCUGCUAAAUAGUACUAAGGAUAUGAAUUAAACACAAAGGUGAAGUUGUGUUAAAACUGUACUGUUACAUAUUUUGAUAAUCAUGUACCUAUAUUAAAAAGAAAUGAGGAUUAUAUUUCUAUAAAAUUUAUUUUAAAUAAUAAAAUAUUUAUUGACAUUGAGAAAUGUUAAUCUUUAUAUGUAUAAUGGUAUAGAGUACACUUAACACAAAAGUUCACUAUAAAUUACACUAAGGAAUUGUUAUUCCUUGAAUGUUCCAUCCCGAGAACUCAGUGAGUUCAGUUCAGUUUUAAAUUAUUAGUAAAGUUUUUCACACCA